AUGGUGCAUAACCCGAAUGGAGAUCAAAAUCCAGUGCAAGCUGCUGCCAUGAGAAUUGCAUCCCGCAACUGUAUGCUUUCAGUUGGUGCACAAGAAUCCUGCAAUAAAUCCAUAACAAAAUCACAGCAACAUCAACCAAAUUAUGGUCGAAACGGCAACGUUAAAGCAGCAGAAACAAUAUUCCACAGAAUGUCCCAUAAAAACACUAUCACUUGGACAGCCAUGAUCAGGGGAUUCGCAAAGGAUGGAAGAAUUGGAAAGGCCAUUGAACUGUUUAAUAUGUUGAAAGAGAAAGAUGAUUUUGUAUGGAUAGUUAUUAUAUCCGGUUUUGUGAGUAAUGAUGAGUUCGAGGAGGCUUUGCGUUGGUAUGUUCGGAUGAAUCAGGAAGGGUGCGGGCCAAAUCCUGUAACUAUUAGUAGUUCUUUUGCUUCUUCGGCUGCUUUGGCGGCACUGAAUGAAGGGCUUCAGAUUCAUUCCCAUGUUCUGAAGAUGAACCUGGAACAUGAUCUUUCGAUACAAAAUUCUCUUAUAUCAUUCUAUGCCAAGUGUGGAAACGUAACCGAUGCCUACAAGAUCUUCAUAAACGUCGACGAACCAAAUGUUGUCUCCUGUAACUCAGUUGUCAAUGGCUUUGCACAAAAUGGCUUUGGCGAAGAAGCUCUCGAUAUUUAUAAAAGAAUGCAGAAUGAAAGCCUUGAACAUAACCAUGUUACUUUCCUUGCGGUUCUUUCAGCAUGUACUCAUGCAGGACUGAUUGAAGAAGAGGGAUGGAAUUUAUUUAACACCACAGAAUCAAACCAGCGCUCACCAAUUACUGCAGUAAACAAAAAUAAUUACUGGGUCGGUUAA